UGGGGAUUCGUGAGGUGAGGGGGGGAGGGGCGCUCUCGACGCCGCCGCCAUGAAGAAGUUUUUCCAGGAUAUCAAAGCGGAGCUACAGUUCAAGGGAGCCGGGCCGGGCCAGAAGCUCAGCGAGUCGCCUAGAGAAAGAGCUCCGAAGGAGAAGCCGAAAACUGACCCUCCUCCCAAGUGUCGCCAAGGGCCGACCAAUGAAGCUCAGAUGGCGGCGGCAGCAGCCCUGGCCCGGCUGGAGCAGAAGCCCAAACCUCGUCCCCCCUCAUCCCAAGACGCCAUCCGGAAUCAGGUGAAAAAGGAGCUUAUGGCUGAAGCAGCAGCAAGCGACAAGGGAGCCUCUGUGGAUCAGAAGAAUUCUUUACCUGCUCUUCAAGAAGAAGAUCCCUCCAUGCUGUCCGUCUCAGGAGUCUACUUCACUUGCCCUUUAACUGGGGCCACCGUCCGGAAGGAUAAAAGAGAGGCGCAGAUCAAAAAGGCCAUCCUUGAGCAUGCUGCCCAAGACCCCGUGGCUGCUGCCAUCAUGGAAAUCCACACUUGCAACAGGGACCGGGAAAAGGUCAAACUCGGAGUGGAGACCAUUGCAAAGUACCUUGACAACAUCCACCUCCAUCCAGAGGAAGAGAAGUACCGGAAAAUCAAACUGCAGAACAAAGUGUUCCAGGAAAGGAUCCACUGUCUGGAGGGGACGCACAAGUUUUUCCAGGCCGUCGGGUUUGAAAAGGCCACCCUCAGUGUCCCGGGACAAGAAGAGGCCACAGAGGACUUCUAUGUCCUGAAGGAGGGGAAGCUGGGCGACCUGAAGGAGCAGAAGGAGAAGCUUCUGAGCGGGGAGCCGCUCCGGGCCCAGCUGGACCGCCAGCUCCGCAUCUUUAAGCCGUCCCCCCAGGCCUCCCGCUUCGAGCUGCCAAGCGACUUCUUCAGCAUCACUGCCGAGGAGCUCAAGCGGGAACAGAGGCUCCGGACAGAAGCGGUUGAGAAGGCAUCGAUGCUGAGAACGAAAGCCAUGCGGGAGAAGGAGGAGCAGAGGGAGCUGAGAAAGUACAACUACGCCUUGCUGCGCAUCCGCUUCCCGGACGGGUACAUCUUACAAGGGACGUUCUACGCCCGGGAGCCCGUCUCAGCCCUUUACCAGUUUGUGCGAGAGACGCUGCAGAACAACUGGCUUCCCUUUGAGCUUCUGGCCCCCGGAGGCCACAAACUGACCGACGAGAGCAUGGCGCUGAAUGAAUGUGGCCUGGUGCCGUCUGCCCUUCUGACGUUCGUCUGGGAUGCCGACGUCAUGGCGGAUAUCAAGGCUUCCGGCGGGGAGCGCAUGGAGAGCGUUCUGAAGCCGGACCUCCUGCUGACCGUGCAGACCCUGUCCUGAAAAUAAAAGCAAACCGGGAUUAGAUCCAGCCCCGUCCCUCGUGGUCCCCUUCUCCCGUGUUUCUUACGGACGCUGCUUCGGGCGCUCCAGUAACUCCCUGUCUUGUGAACACUAAAUGGGGGCGGAAAUAGGGAGCGGGGAGGCUGCUGUUUUUCCUAGUAUUAGGGCCCUGGAAUCAGAGUAGCCGUGGCCGGAGCAGUUGCCUCGCCAGGCAGUAGCGCAUGGAGGACUUGGAACUGGUUCAAAACGAGUUGGAUCAAGAGAGAUAUUUUUACAGGGCUGCUUAUUUUUUGUCUUCUAUUUAUAACCUUCCCUCGGAGGGGUCCUAACCUCUUUCUAGCCUCAAAACGAAGCUUCUUGCUGGGGAAAAACAAAGAUCAAAACACUACCCUGCCCUGGCGACACGAAUCGGCUUGUUCCGAGGGGCCAGGAGCGCUUCCUUUUUGCUUCCGUUCCACAAACCUUGUUCCUCCCCGAUCCCGGGCUAGGAAGAAGCUUUUUUUCUGUUCCGUUUUUGGUCUGUAACUGAGUCAGCCUACAGGCAGGAGAAGCUGUUGGCUUUAUUAAAGAAGAUGUGCUGCCACAGGUACUUGGGGUGUUUUGUCUUCCAGAGCAGCAGGUGAUGAGAGCGGCGAACGGCGCAAGGGGAGAGAGGUUGUGGCUUGGUGGUGGAGCAUCUCAUCCGCAUGCAAGUGGGAGGGGGGACUGCCUGGUCCUGAAUGGGGCAACUGUGCCCCUGAAGGACCAGGUGCGCAGCCUGGGAGUCGUUUUGGACUCACAGCUGUCCAUGGAGGCGCAGGUCACUUCUGUGUCCAGGGCAGCUAUUUACCAGCUCCACCUGGUACGCAGGCUGAGACCCUCCCUGCCUACAGACUGUCUUGCCAGAGUGGUGCAUGAUCUGGUUAUCUCCCGCUUGGACUACUGCCAUGCGCUCCACGUGGGGCUACCUUUGAAAGCGAGUCGGAAACUUCAACCAAUCCAGAAUGCGGCUGCCAGACUGGUGACUGGGAGCGGCCACCAGAACCAUAUAACACCAGUCCUAAAAGACCUGCAUUGGCUCCCAGUACAUUUCCGAGCACAGUUCAAAGUGUUGGUGCUGACCUUUAAAGCCCUAAAUGGCCUCGGUCCAGUAUACCUGAAGGAGCGUCUUCACCCCCAUCAUCCAGCCCAGACACUGAGGUCCAGCUCCGAGGGCCUUCUGGCGGUUCCCUCCCUGCUAGAAGUGAGGUUACAGGGAACCAGGCAGAGGGCCUUCUCAGUGGUGGCGCCCUCACUGGAAUGCCCUCCUGUCAGAUGUCAAGGAACUAAAACAACUGUCUGACUUUUAGAAGACCUCUGAAGGCAGCCCUGUAUAGGGUUUUUAAUGUUUGACAUUUUAUUAUGGUUUUUCUGUGCCCAGAGUGGCUGGGGCAACUCAGCCAGAUAAGUGGGGUAUAAAUAAUAACAGUACUAGACCCCAGGUUAAGAUCUUACAUGUCACCAGGUUAAGACAUUGAAACUCUGCUAUCCUCCUUCAUGUUGCUCCCCCAUUAAGAGGUCUGGAGGGCGGCAGCACGAGAACGGGCCUUUUCUGUGGUGGCUCCCCAUUUGUGCAACGCUCUCCCCAGGGAGGCUUGCCUGGCACCUGCACCACCUAUCUUUUAGGUGCCGGGGGGAAAUGUUCUCUAUAACCAAGCUUUGGCGGAUUAGCAUUCUGCAGCCUUUUAAAUCUGUAGGAGGGAGAGGCCGUUGGUUUUCGUUUUAUGUAUUUUGCAGUCCCAUUUUUUAUUUUUAUGUCGUGAGCUGAUCUGUGAUCUUCGAACGAAGGGCAGUUACACAAAUUUAAUAAUAAAAGUACUAUUACCACAACCUUCAGGUCUCAUGGUGGCUGAUAGCAAUUUGAAACUCCGUAUUAAAUAUUAAAAACAAUUAGUCACAGGAAUAGGGUGAGGGGCGGAAGAGCUGGGACCACUCUGGAAGUUGUUAAGUCUUGCAAAUAAUGCUCAGCAUGGGGAAGGAUGAGGCCCCUCACCUUUGCUUUACACACAGAAGCUUCCAUUUAGUCCCUGCCAGGGCGACUGCAGAUUGCAGAAACAAGUGUGUACCUUAGAGUGGAGGAAUGAGCUAUAGAAGCAGUUUGCUCUCUCCACCGGUUUAUGGAUUUAUCUGGAAGCCGGGUUUUCUGCUGAAAGGGAUAGAUGUCAUCUUCUUUGGCGAUCCCUUGUAGCCGAGUAAGAUUGUCUUCCAUGAACACGGUCUUAACAGUGAGUCCGCAAAUGACUGGGGAGGCCAAUUCUGGAUCCACACAUCCUUCCGCAGUGGGGACAUAGGUUUCCAGGCAGGAGUUGAUCCCAGUGAGGGUUUGCCAAGCGUUCCUUCCUCUUAGCACGUUUCUCCCUUGUGUCCUGAGUUCGAGCGUCUUCAAAGCCUAGGACACCUUUGGUCAAGGCUGUUCUCCAGCUGGAGCGCUUGCAGGCCAGUGUUUCCCAGUUGUCGGUGUUUAUACUGCAUUUUUUAAUAUUUGCCUAGCUGUUCAUGGAAGCGCAGGUUACCGUGGGUAGGCAAACUAAGGCCCAGGGGCUGGAUCCAGCCCAAUCGCCUUCUAAAUCUGGCCCACAGACGGUCCGGGAAUCAGCGUGUUUUUACAUGAGUAGAAUGUGUCCUUUUAUUUAAAAUGCAUCUCUGGGUUAUUUGUGGGGCAUAGGAAUUCGUUUGUCUCCCCCCC